UAUAGUGUUAUAGGUAUAUAUAUAUAUAUAUAUACAAACGUUAGCAACAGCAGCUGGAAAACGCGGGCAGGCAAUACAAUAAUGUCAGAAGACGUAACCGCCCGUCUAUCUGGGUGGUUAUGUUUUUGAAAAAAAAAAAUGUUUUUUACGCCGUCAUUCUUCAUGUCAUUAUGUCACGGGCCGCCGCGAAGGUAAGGAAAAUCCGAAUGUGGGGCGACGCCGAUAAAGAAUGGGGGGAAAAAAUAACCGAUACAUAAUUAACGGACCCACGCCGAUGUCCGUCAUAGACCGUAUCACCUCUACUCCGGGAAAUUGUCCGGGAACCGUGUUAAGUCGAGACGCGACCGCCGCAUAGGAAAAUUCGACACAUUCGCUUGCCGUCAUCAUACCGGGCCCGUGUAGUUCUUGUUCGACCCGCAGCAGCACAUUCGCCGACAAAAUGAAGUCCGCACAAGCAAGCCGAUCUGUCGGUAUGUUCAUGAUCAUCACAACGGGACUACCGAUGGUACUGUGUCAAUACUACAGCGAACACGGCGGUGACGGUCAUCAUGCAGAACCACAACACGAUGACCAUUAUGUGGCACCACUGUACAAGUACGGCUAUUGGGUGCACGACCCCAAAACCAAGGACAUCAAGAACCACUGGGAGCACAGAGACGGCGAUGUGGUCCAUGGUUCAUAUUCGCUUUUGCAGCCGGACGGACACAUGCGUAUCGUCGAGUACACGGCUGAUAAACACAGCGGGUUCAACGCAAACGUCAAGUACGUGUACGAGGGCGGAUCAGACAAGUACGGCUCGUCGGAUCAAUUCGACUUCGGGUCGAACCAUCUGGAAGAGGCGCCGGUGGUGUCGCACACGGCUGGCCUCAAGCAGCCCAUGAGCAAAUACUACAAGAAGCCUAGGGCCGAGCAACCCGGAUUCUACAAGAAGUCGGCACCCGAGCCGUCCGGUCACUACAAGAAACCGGCAAACAUAAACGUAGAACAUAGGUCGGCAAAACCUUCGACGGGAGCAUCGCCGGCUGGAUACAAAAACCAGCGGCUGGAGCACUUGCAACACGCGCAGCAGCAGCCACAGCAGUCGGUCGAUUAUAGACCAAACCCGUUGGAACAAUUUGCCAAGUAUCAGCAGGCCAACCUGGAUGUGCCCCAACAGUUGGCCGGGUUCGGCUACCUAGACCAGGGGGGGUCCGACCACUUGGAAUCGGCGCAAGCCCCACCUCCCCGUCGGUACAACGAUCAGCCUACUCAUCACGAGGCCACGGGUAUCCAACACGAGUCGUCCGAACCUAGCCGAGUGCAAGUGAACCGACCCACGCAGCAAACCGGCAACUCCUAUCAGUCGUCCGAAGAAAAACCGUCCAAGUUGCUGAGACAGUUGGAGGCGCCGCAUGAUUUCAGCGAUUACUCGCAGGAACAAGAGACGGACGAGAAAGACGAUAUCAAAAUACAAAAACAACCGUUGCGAGAGUACCAUUUCGAAGAGCCUUACCCGUUCGAAAAUUCUGCCAACGAAGGACUUAAGCAUCAAAAAAGGCAUUCGGUCGAGUCGUCCAGUGAGAACACCUCCAACCCCGCAGCAAAGAGUUCGCCGGUAAACAGUUCCCCGGCAAAUAGUUUCCCAACAAGUAGUUCCCCGGCAAAGAGUUCGGAAGAAUCGCCACAGUUAUACGAUGAUUACUUUUAUACCUAUUACUAAUGAGCUUAUAAUAUAAGCGCCUCGAUUCGGGCUGACGCCGUUAGUCGCUUUCGAGGUAAACCUGAAGACCAAAGGCAAAAAAAAAAAACGAGAGAUUCGUUAUUUUCAUUAUUAAAAAGUUACCGCCAACAAUUGUUUUGAACGCAUUACACCGCUUUAUCAAGACUGUAGUCCACAUUCCUAUUGUUACCACUAUUAUUAUGUGUACCUAUUGUUAUUUUUAAUUUGUCGACAAAUAUUUGUACAGUAUUAUUACGUUGAUCUAAUUAUAAUUAUUGUUAUUCGUCUCUGGAAAACAAACACUCGACUUAGGUUUAAGCAACGCACAAUCAAUAUAUUAUCAUAAAAUCUAAAUUUUGUAUUAUCAGAGGAGUUUGUGUGCCUCAAGCAAAUUUUUACAUAAUAAGACUUUCAGCCAUCUAGAGUCAAGACAAAAAUAAAAAAUAAUUAUUUGUUAAUUAAUACUAAAUUUUGCUUUCAAAUAAGAUUCU